AUUCGCUCUGCAUUUUAGGGUUCCAAAAUCAAUUCAUUUUUCUCCUCUUCUCUCACAAUGCAUUCAUGGAAAGAUAAAUUUACAGAAAAGAUAGCCAAUUUCUUUUACGAACCUUCUUCUUCUUCAUCUUCUUCUCCAUCGUCUUCUGAUCACGAUCAGACCAGUUUACCUCUUAAAGAUGAAAGCUAUUUGUCAUCAAUACUUUCUUUCUUGUUUCCCUCGCAAGAGUCAAUUUCAAAAGAAGAGAAUGAUUACGAAGCAGGCAGCCUAAAGAUUAUAAAAUGUAAGAAUUCAGAUACAAAAGACGAGAAUCCAGACCUAGGGUCAGGGAAGAGCACCAGCAGUAGUGAUGUGUUUGAAGAUGCCAUUGAUCUAAAGACCCCCAAAAAGCAUGUUCAUGACCUAAAUCUGGAUUCGGUUUUUAUUUCUUCCAAUUUGAGCCAAUUUUUUCAAUCUUGCCUUCCCAAUAUAGUAAAAGGUUGCAAAUGGGUUUUAAUUUAUAGUACCUUGAAACAUGGCAUAUCACUUCGAACACUUAUUCGGAACACAUUUGAAGUUCAUGGGCCUUGUUUGUUGAUUACUGGAGACAAUAAAGGUGUUGUGUUUGGAGGGCUGAUAAAUUCCCCGUUAACACCUACUCCCCAAAGGAAAUAUCAAGGAACAGUUCAGACCUUUGUUUUCACAACAUUAUAUGGUGCACCAACUUUGUUUAGACCAACUGGUGCAAACCGGUACUUUUACAUAUGUUCCAAUGACAUGCUAGCAUUUGGAGGCGGAGGAAGUUUUGCGUUACGCUUAGAUGGAGAUUUGUUGACUGGAACUAGUGGACCUUGUGAUACAUUUGGUAAUCGAUGUUUGGCUCAUAAUGAAGAGUUUGAGUUAAAGAACGUUGAGUUGUGGGGCUUCACUCAUUCCUCUCGAUUUCGUUAACCUAGUCGAAGAUUCACAGCUCCAAUCAACUUUGUUAUUGGUUCUUCAAUGACAUUGAUACACGAACAUGCUACUUGAUAUAGAAAGAUCCUUGUAUACUUCAAUGACUACUAGACAACUUAGACUUUUUUUAUAUUUGUUCCUACAAAUGUAUAUAGAAUGCAUGUAUUACAUUUCAAAUGACGUAAUUUAUUUAAUUCAAAGUCAUGAUUUGCA